AUGGCGUUCGCGGGCCAAACACCCACAAUCAUCGUGUUGAAGGAGGGCACGGAUGCCUCGCAGGGCAAGGGACAGAUUCUAUCGAAUAUCAACGCCUGUGUUGCGGUACAGAACACUAUCAAAAGCACUCUAGGCCCCUAUGGCGGGGACCUAUUACUGGUAGACACCAACGGCAAGCAGACAAUCACAAACGAUGGAGCGACGGUAAUGAAGCUACUUGAUAUCGUCCACCCCGCAGCCCGCAUCCUGACCGACAUUGCACGCUCCCAGGACGCAGAAGUAGGCGAUGGAACGACCUCCGUGGUUGUGCUGGCAGGCGAGAUCUUACGAGAAGUGCGCGAUCUAGUGGAGCAGGACGUGAGUGCUCAGACGAUUAUAAAGGGUUUGAGAAAGGCGAGUGCCAUGUGCAUCAACCGGAUCAAGGAGAUUGCGAUUGAUAUGAAGGAUACUGCUGGCGGAGAGGCGAAGAAGAUCGAGACGCUGCGACGGCUGGCGGGCACGGCCAUGAACAGCAAGCUGAUUAAACGGAAUUCAGACUUCUUCACAAAAAUGGUUGUUGAUGCCGUCCUGUCGCUGGACCAGGACGACCUGAACGAGAAGUUGAUUGGAAUCAAGAAGAUUACCGGAGGAGCGCUGCAGGACUCGCAGUUCAUCAAUGGCGUUGCGUUCAAGAAGACGUUCUCUUAUGCCGGAUUUGAGCAGCAGCCCAAGUCGUUCAAGAACCCGAAGAUAGUCUGCCUGAACGUUGAGCUGGAGCUGAAGAGCGAGAAGGACAAUGCGGAGGUCAGAGUCGAGCAGGUAUCGGAGUACCAGGCCAUCGUCGACGCUGAAUGGCAGAUCAUCUUCAACAAGCUUGAGGCACUCUACAAGACCGGAGCCAAGGUCGUCCUCAGCAAGCUCCCCAUCGGUGACCUUGCCACACAGUACUUUGCGGACCGAGACAUAUUCUGUGCCGGGCGAGUCUCGUCCGACGACAUGGAGCGAGUGAACAAGGCAACCGGCGCCUCGACACAGUCUACCUGCAGCGACAUCCAGGAGCACCACCUGGGCGAGUGCGGCAGCUUCGAGGAGCGCCAGAUCGGCGGCGAGCGCUUCAACAUCUUCUCCGAGUGCCCUGGAGCCAAAACCUGCACUCUGAUCCUGCGCGGUGGAGCCGAGCAGUUCAUUGCUGAAGCAGAGCGCAGUCUACACGACGCCAUUAUGAUCGUCAAACGAGCGCUACGGAACACCAACGUCGUGGCCGGCGGCGGUGCCACGGAAAUGGACCUAUCCGGCUACAUCCAUCGGUACGCCGACGUGAAUGUCCCACACAAGCAGCAGGCAGUCGUCAAGGCGUUUGCAAAGGCCCUGGAGGUGAUCCCCCGCCAGCUGUGCGACAACGCAGGCUUCGACGCCACAGACAUUCUCAACCAGCUACGAGUCGAGCACAAGAAGGGCAACAUCUGGGCUGGCGUCGACUUUGACUGCGAGGGCGUGCGAGACAACAUGAAGGCCUUUGUAUGGGAGCCGAGCUUGGUCAAGGUCAACGCCAUCCAGUCCGCUGUCGAGGCCGCCUGUCUCAUUCUCUCUGUUGACGAGACCAUCAAAAACGAAGAGUCAGCUCAGCCACAGGGACCUCCACAGGCCCUACCGCAAGGUGCCGCCCAACGAGUCCUUCGAGGAGGCCGCGGCCGCGGAAUGCCUCGUCGAUGA